UUACCCGUUCCAACACUUUCGGUGCACUUCACGUCUCCGAUCGAAAUCGUUCCCGAGGCGGUAUCGUACCGGUUUAAGAAUGCCGGGACACUUCCACGAACGGCCAAAAAUAUUUCAAAUUACGUUAACGAUGCCUCGUUGAUGCACCUUACGAAAAAGACGAAAACGUUCGCGAUCGCCUCGUUAGUUCUUCACGUACGUAUCACAGAUACCGCGGUUCUCUUGUAUUAUAUAUCGGAAACGUGCGACUCGGUAUGGUCGCGAUGUAUCACCGAUACGCGCGUACGUAUACACGACCAGUAAGAAGGCGACGCACGAGGAAAAACGUUCGCACCGCUCGGUGGUUCUGGCACGACUGGAGCACUGGAGGCGUCCGAGUCGCCUCGAUUUUACAUAUGGCUGUGUAUCGUCCAACGAUCAACAGAGUCGUAUAUUUUUGAACGUGCUUAUAAAUUUUUAUAA